CAUCACGUGAAAGAUUUGGGAGUUGUGAAGCAUUAAAAAAAAACAAAUUUCAAAGCGAGUCUACAAUGAAUUCUGGGAAAGCGGAAACAGAGACAUCCAACGAUAAAUAUCACAUCUUCAUGGAAUCUGUGCACGGUGUGACGAUUCCUGGCAAGAAAGAUAACAGCCAAGAGGAAGGCGACUACGCGAAUGAGGAGGAUGACAAUGCGGUAGAAAGUAACGCGAUAGCAGAGAGUGUGGUAGAGGAUAGCCAGGUGAUUGACCGGGAGGAGAGGUCAAAAAGUCAUCCUUGUGUCAUCUACUGGUUGGCCACCUGCGCCACGGUUAGUGGGCUAUUGUUUGGUUAUGAUACAGGUAUCAUCAGCGGAUCCCUCCUGUUGAUAAACGAACAAUAUGGCCUCAGCAGCUACUACCAAGUGGCCAUCGUCUCAUCAACCGUCGUCUCUGCGGCCGUUUUCUCUCUCGUCUCCGGCAUGGUAGCUGACGCUAUUGGGCGAAAGCUGACCAUCAUGAUAUCAGCCGUUGUGUUUACGGUUGGAGGCGUAAUCAUGGGAUUUGCCACAGGCCCUGAGAUGAUUCUAAUAGGUCGAAUAGUGGUGGGUGCCAGUAUUGGCUUUGUUUCUUCCAUCGUGCCCGUGUACGUGUCCGAGUGCGCACCCCCGGACAUCCGUGGGCGGCUCCUCACCCUCAACCAGCUCUUCAUCACCAUCGGCAUCGUGGUGUCAUCAGUCAUGGCGGGGGCGCUUCAAAACAUCAAACCCUCGGGCUGGAGGUAUAUGCUCGGCCUGGCAGCGAUACCUGGAAUUGUACAGUUCAUCUUCUUUUUCUACCUGCCUGAGUCUCCCAGAUACCAGAUGAUGAAAAACCAAGAGAGAGAAGCGGAGAUAACUCUGAAGAAAAUCAGGAACACAAAUAAU